GCCAUGUCUAAAGCGACGGUGAAGAAGCUGCACUGGCGCUCCAAGGUCCAGGAGAGCUUCGUCCCGCUGGGGGGCGGCUCCGGAGAGCUGGGUCUGGCCAUCGGGGGCGGGGCCGACUACGGCGAGUUCCCAUUCGUCACAGCGGCCCACGGGGGCGGGGCCACUGUGAGCGACAUCAUCUUAGAGAUCGGGGGGACGCCCGUGUUAGGGAUGACCCUCGGUGAUGUCAGAGGAGUCCUCAACUCCUGUCCUCAUCCUAUCAGAAUCAAGACUGUCUCACCAGGGUCGUCCCUCUGUAAGGACCUCAGGUUGUACCUCAGCAAGUGUUUCACUCCAGGCUCCAUGGACAGUCAGCUGCAGCAGCUAAUCAGAGAGAACCUGUACCUGCGGGCUGUACCCUGUACGACCAGGCAGCCUCGGGACGGCGAGAUUACAGGUGUGGACUACAACUUUGUGUCCAUCGAGGAAUUUUUUUCUCUGGAGGAGUCUGGAGCUCUGCUGGAGAGCGGCAAGUUCAAAGGGAACUACUACGGGACGCCCCGUCCGGUCCACAUCGGUCCGGAGAGCCCACCAAUCACGUAUCAGGAACAUCGAAACCUGCUGAGGAACUUCAGGACGAGAAGCAAAUCUCUGAGUAACCUGGAGAAAGCUGUGGAGGAAGGAGACAACAGCGAGGAGGAUAGCGGCCUGUCGGCGGGUUCAGCUGGAGCCCCGCCCACCACCUUGCCUCUCAGCAAAUCGUGGGAGACGGCGGUGGGGAGUCGGGAGGGAACAGAAAACGGAGGAGGAGGAAGAGGAGUAGGGAGAGGAAGAGGAAGAGGAGGUCCGCUGCCUGAAAACUGGGAGCUGGCGUUCAGUGAUUCAGGAGAGCCGUACUACAUUGAUCAUAAAUCAAAGACGACCAGCUGGCUGGAUCCGCGAACUCAGAACAAAGAGACGACUUCCUGUACAGAACUCCCAGAGUUCACCGAGCAGCCCAGUCUCUUGAAGGGUUACUCCAUCCACACCCGGCUGUCUAAAGGUCCUCGAGGUUUCGGCUUCAACAUCGUCGGAGGAAGUCGACCCAGAGAGUUUCUGCAGGUGUACAGCGUCACACCUGGAGGACCGCCAGCACUAAACACAGCGGACAUCCUGGUCUACAUCAAUGACAGCUGUGUACUGGGUCGCUCUCAUAAAGAGGUGGUGGAGAUGCUGAAGUCAGUGCCAAUGGGUCAGAGUGUGGACGUGGUGCUGAGGAGAGGAUACCCGAUGCUCUACAACCCUGAUGGGUGUCCCAAACAGAGCCUGGAGACGCCACAGACUCCCAGCGAGCCCUCCAACCCCGUGAACGCAAACCGUGGCCUGACACACCUCACCUACAGCCGAACGCCGGACGCCGAAGGCUGCCCGCCAGGACUGGGCCACAACCCGCCCUCCUAUGCUGCUCCGCCAAUGACGAACGGGCUGGCAGGCCCGCCGACGCCCACUUCCUCUGACCCCCCACUGGGUCCACCACCCCUUCCAGAGAGGACAGCAGCCAAUCACAGUGACUCUGAUGGCGGCCUGUCCAGCGCUGGAACACGAAGAUCUUCUCUGAUUCGCUACAACAGCAGCACUCUCCCCGCCCUCUCCUCCUCCUCCCUCCUCCACCAUCAGAGCUCCAAGUCUUCAGAGAGCGACCUGUCUACGUCGGCCCUCCCCAUCUCCUCCUCCACGUUACCCAUCGCCUCCUCGUCCUCCCACACUCUGUCCAAACUGCCCCUCUCUCAGCCAGAGACGGGCCUCCUCCAGAACUCCACCAGCCCUACCACCGCUAACAACCCCACCUCCUCCUCCUCCACGCCUCCUGGGGCUCCUGCGCAGCGCCCGCUGAUGCCACAGACUUCCCUCGCCCUGACCCCACCCAGAGACGUCCCACCUUGUGGCUUUAACGGCUGUCCGGCCAAUCACCAAGCGCCCUCCCCAGCCUCACGAGGAAACCCAGGGCUGGUUCUCCCCCUCGGGGCAGGGUCACCGGGGUCAGCUCCCGCUGGGGAGCUUGUGCCCGUGGCCCUCGGGCGCAGUGAGAGUGGGGGGCUUGGAUUCAGCGUGACGGCAGGUGGGCAAGGAGAUCAGCUGGCGGUGGUGAGGCGGGUCUGGGAUCGCAGGCACUGCCCCUCGCUGCAGCCGGGGGACGCCAUAGUGAAGAUCAACGGAGCAGACGUGCAAAGCCUCAGCUUCUCCCAGGUCCAGAGAGUCCUGCAGGAACACACCAAACAGGGGGAGGUGGUGCUGCUGGUCUACAGAGGAGGUCCCGUCUCCUCCCCAGUCGUCACCCCCAACCUCUACAAGCCUCUCCCCUCCCCACACAGCUUGGCCACCCCCUCUUCCUCUCAACCCUCGACUUUAGCCAACUUGCCUUCCCCGUCCACGGGUGCCUUGGUGGGGGGCGUCCCCCCACUCAACCAGGCCGGCUUGGCCCUGGAGAGUCCCCAGGAGGGACACCUACCAGCCCCAGGGACCCACCAAGGGGCCCCUCCUGCCCAGACGCCUAACGGGCCCUCAGUCCUCAUCCAGAGCACCAGCUUCCUGGACUCAGUUCCUGUGACGCUGACCUUAGAGCCACGUGAUUUGCUGGGAGUGGAGGAGAGCGCCGGUGGGCCUCCUCCCGUCAGAGGGGGAGCAGAGCUGGGAGCAGUGGCCAAGGACGGAAGAGGAGGAGCAAAGACAGCGGAGGUGGAGCUGAGGAGGCGGCCGGGAGAAGGCUUUGGAUUUGUCAUUGCGUCUCAGGAAGUGACUGUCUCGCUCUCGCCCUCCAGCUCAUACUCAGUCUCGCUCGUCCGCUUCCAGAAGCACGACCUGCCACGGACAGACAGGUCCAGGUGUAGUGUUGUGUUUUGUGUCUCUGCUCUGUUCAUCAUGUUGGAGCGACUGCAGUCAGCUCUGAAAACUGUGAAGGACUCCAAACCCACCUCCCUGAUGUCUCACCGGUUCGUGACGGUGCGUCGCGGCAGCCCGGCGGCUCGCAGCGGGCAGAUUCAGCCCGGAGACCAGCUGGAGGCGGUGGAGGGCCGAGCGGUCGGAGGUCUGCAGCACCGGGACCUCGCCCAGAUCCUGAGGAGGGCCGGGAACACGCUGAGGCUGAGCAUCACGCCGCGACACCACUCGUCUCCUCUGUCAGAAGGAGCAGACCUGGAUAUUGACGGUCGGAUGAUCAAAGGAUCCAGAAGGAGGUCAAAGGACGAGUCCAGGUUCUACAGUGUAGAUCUGGAACGAGGUCCCACAGGUUUCGGUUUCUCUCUGAGGGGGGGCAGCGAGUACAACAUGGGGCUGUAUGUCCUGGGACUGAUGGAGGGGGGGCCAGCCCAGCGCAGCAACAAGAUACAGGUGUCGGACCAGCUGGUGGAGAUCAACGGGGACAGCACAUCAGGGAUGACUCACAGUCAGGCUGUGGAGCAGAUCAGGAGAGGAGGACACCGAAUCCACCUCGUCCUCAAGAAAGGAAACGGAUACGUGCCGGACUACGGCCCUGAGGAAGGAGCCCUCUCCCCCUCCUCCUCUUCGCACACAGAGGAGCAAGAUGUGGACACAGUAACCAUGACAACCACCUCCAUCAGCCAGCAGAGGGGAGGAGGAGGUGGUACAGGAGGAGGAGAAGGAGGAGGAGAGAAGAGGAGGAUGAGGAGAGAGGGAGAAACCAAACGAAGAACAGGAGGAGGAGGAGGAGGAGGAGGAGGGUUAGGGCCUCCUGAUCUGGACCUGGACCGGGUGGAGGUGGAGGCACGGGAGAUGGAGAGGAGGAGGGAGGAGGAGGCGGAGAGGAGGCAAGAGGAGGAGAGGAGGAGACAAAGUCAGACAGUCAGGCAGAAGGAGAAGCGGCACGACCAGCGGGAGCAGGGGAGGAAGAGCAGGAGCUUACCCAGGACAAGUGCUCGAGUCUGGGACACAUGGCUGCCGGAGGAGAGGGUGGAGGUGGAGGAGAGGAGCAGGAGGAGGGCAACAAAGGCCAGCAGAGAAGAGGAGGAGGAGGAGGAGGAGGAGGAGGAGGAGAGGGGAGAGGAGAGAGACAACAGCACCACCCGCCACGCAAAGCAUUCUGGGAGCUGGCCUGUACCUCAGAGGGCAGCCUUCUCCUUCCUCAUGCCUCACUCCUCAGACGACCAGCGUCUGUCCGACAGCGAAUCAGCAGCCAGCUUCUCCGAGGUCAGCCUUUCAGCAGCCAGCAUCGCCACCGCCGGGUGGAGGGAGGAUUGGAGGAGAGGCGAGUCGCCGUGGCAGCAGGGGACGGCCCCGGGCCCCUGGCUGAAGCCGAGUCCCCAGAAACUGACGCGGGUUCUGACUGGCAGUCGGCUCAGGGGGCGGGAACUACUGUCUCUCUGAUUGGCCCACAGCGAGACAUUCUCUUUUUUUCUUCUUUGGCUACUUAUAAGGGCUUCUUUGAUUGGCCUGCUGAGAGAAGACCCGCCUGUUCCUGUGUCUGAUUGGAUCACAGUGGACGAUUUGGUUUCUGAUCAGAGGAAGCAAGCGGACAUGGACUUGUUUUUCAUUGGCUGGUGGGCGGGUUUUGAGGUCUCUGAUUGGUCAAUGACACAACAGCUGCACACAGAGCCGCCUAAUUAAACAACAGUUUUAUUUUUAUUGUACCCAUCAUCCGUCAGUGCAUCCUGAUUAUCCAGCUGCUUUCUGGUAUCAUGACGCUGGUGCACUUUAACGAAUGCUUUAACAGAUGCUAACCUUCGGCGGAGCGGGUUAACGUCAGAGGACCAGCUUAAACUAGAGGUUGAGGGGGAUUCUUACAUACAUCCAGAUGCAAACGUGGACAAUUCUGAAUCAAUUCACAGAUGUCAAAUAAAUCGAUUUUCUAAAUUUUAAUUAGUAACGUACUGUUGACAGAACACAAAAAAGUGGAACUUGGAAGUGCAGCGGACAGUUUGUAGCGUGCGCAUAAUAAUAUUAAGCUGAUGCUUUUAUCCAAAGUGACUUACAAUUGCUUUAUAAGUCAGACAUCACACGCCUCUGGAGCAACUAGGGGUUAAGUGUCUUGCUCAGGGACACGAGUUGUAUGCAGCUGCAGUACCAGAAACUGCAGUUUCAGGACCGCAACCGCAUUUGUAGGACUCUUGUUUACCUUGAGACAGCUAGCUAGUUAGUUAGCAAACUAGCUAGGUAGCUGUGUACUAUUGACAGCCCCCCGAAGCCAAUUACCCUAACCAUCACAGGGUGUGUGCCUAAACUAAAAGUUAUUGAUUAUUUAUAUUAUUUAUAAAUAAAUAAUAAUAAAUGUUGCUGUGCAUUACCACCACCACUCCUCUAGAUGGCGCUGUCACAAAAGAACUACCGUCCCAGGAUUGCGGGGGUCCUGAAACAGCAACCUCGGGUACUGCAGCCAUACAGUAUUGAGGGACACAUUGAUGGAUGUCACAGUGGGAAUCAAACCCAGGUCUCCCACACCAAAGGCAUGUGUCUAAUCCACUACGCCAUCGCCAACCCAUAUCAUAGACGUCUUCCCCUAAUAUUCAAAGCACCAACGUCAUAGUAGAGACCGUCCAAACCGACCGAGUCGAGGCCGAGUAAAGACCAGGACCAGCGUUCCGCAUUACAUGACACACAAUAAAAUGUGGAACAUGAUCAUAGGCGCUUCUCAAACGAAGCACUAAGAGCUGAAAUCAACUUAACAUCUUUAUUCUACAUCCAGCUAACAUAAUGAGAACAAAUGAGGGAGCGGUACCUCGGCACAUAGCUUUGCUCUCAGGAGCUGUGUGCAGCUGACACGCUGACGUAGCUUAAACAGUAGCUACAUAGCUUUAUGUGGCCUGUCUCCUUAUAGUUUAUCUCAAGCAGAAAUGUAACUUAGGAACAAGUUGUCACCACAUUUCCCCUCAGUCUCUCACACUGCAUUAGCUACUUCCCUCAAUAUGUUAUCCUGAUGAACCCCUGGAAUUAGGUAGCUUGUUCUCCUAGCUAAGUGGCUAAUGCACUCGAUACCGGGACGAGACCGAGACCUUCAGAGACCGGUCUCGAGCACUAACCGCCCCCCUUGCUAAGAUUUAACCCAAACAUUACAAUCAAUGUUUUACUAAGCACAGGCCAGCUUCCUCGUACCUGACAGGUCUUGUUAGAGCGGCGUAAGUUAGGUUUUUAAAGAACUUUGUGUGACGUGGGCGCAGCGACGGUGUGGGUGAGCAGGCAGGUUUGCAGACUGGAGAAGAAGAGCUGAGGUUAGUAAAGUAAGGACGCAAACUAGUCCUAUUAGGAUAAUGAGGAGACGUUUCUUUUGGACUUUAAUGUCCAAUGAAAUGCUCAGUGAUUCUACUGUAAAGGAAAAAGAUGCAUCGAUAAUCAUUUUAUAAUCGCAUGGCAGCCCUCUGAAACAUGAUCGAUUUGUGAUUCACACUUCGAGUUUAAACCCUCUUAAAAGCCGACUACUGACCAAUCAGAUCAGUGGACUCAUCGCUCCUACAGGGUCCUCACAGGGACAAAAGUAAUAAAGAACAAGAGAUAUUUUUUAUAGCUUUUAACUCCAUAAUAAUUAUAUCUGAGAUACGUAACUUCACUUAGUUUCUUUUAACCCAGAAAUGAUUCCUGAAAGUGCAUCGAUUGCUCGUCCAGGUCAGAUGAUUAAACGUAGACCGACCGUCACCGUUUAUUCAAACACAUAAUAAAAUAUAGGGAUUAUGGACGGAUAAUCCACAUACUGCCCAAGUUUGAAAGGGCCCACGUGAAAACAAACAUAUAUGUAGCCUCGCUAAAAAUAUUUGGAUAUCAGUAGUUUCUUGUUGGGUGAUUAGAGCUGAAUCUCUCUUUACUGCAGCUUUAUUUUGCCUCUUUAAUAACAAAAUUUAAAGAACCAAAUGUCAGGUCGAGUGACCGCAGAGGAACUGCGGGAGCUAGCAGGUUAGCAGUUAGCUAGCUCUGUGAGAACGUUUUCCUAAGACGCUCCCGUCUGUCUGCUCCACAGGCCAGCAGCAGGGUGAACGCUGCUCCUGGCUGGAUGAUUUAUUUGAUGAUUUUCUAGCUGUGGCGCUGCACAGGCUGCAGAACGCCAUCGCUUUCACGUGAGGUGAGAAAGCUAACCAGCUUCAUGAUACCAGUAGCCAGGGUGACUGAUAAGGUCCUGGUCCUCUCCGUUUGUGACUUCAUCUUUCUAACUCUAAACUCGUAUGCAAACAACAUGAGAACCUUUCAGCCCCGCCGCCUCCCAGACGUUCUGUGAUCCUGUGUAAUCUGAGCAUGUGAAUAUCACCGGAAUGAUUUUUUAUUUUUAUAAGCUGAAUAUGUAAAGGCUCGAUGACGUUAUUAUUAUUCUUGUUAGAGAUUAAAUAUGAUCUGAUUUGCCUGCUUGCUUGUAAAAAAAGAGAGAAAAAAAACCUUUGCCCUGAUGAUGUAACAGAGCCAUACGCACACGCACACACACACACACACACAGGUCAGGUCCAGCUGAGGUCCUGUCCGCCGUCAGUAACCACAGCAUCGCCAAGGACUCUGCGGCCAACAUGGCCGACGACCUGCAGCUCUGGACCGAAACAAGUGCCUCGUUUUAUUUCAGCCUUCGUCCUGCAAACUGACACAGAGGCUGCAGGCAGAGACCCCCCCCCCCCACACACACACACACACACUUCCUGUUCACACCCUACCACGUCUUGUCAAACAACGCCAAGACCUUUCGCCCUCCACAUGUCCCAUCAUGCACCACCACGUCCCAGUUCAGUCUCCCACAGCUCGUUUUAUUCAUCCAGCUGUCCAGAACCAGCUCACUGUCGUUGUGACCAAGAGAAGCAUCAAGUCCUGCGAACGACUAACGAUGACUCAGUUAUCAAAACGGCUGCUGACCCCAUUUUCUGUCGAUUAGCGGGCAGACAGAUUAAUCAGUUCAAACGCCGACAGGAAAUGUUUUCCAGCAGUCUGUGGAAUAUUUCCAUGUUGUUGUUUUCAUGUUUUCCACCUGAUUAAAGACUGAUGAAUGUGUAAUCAGAGGUGUCCUGAUACGGGCAAAUUUUAAUGGAUCAGUAUCAGCUAAAAUACUCUGUACGCUCACCUGUACCUGGCCGCCGCGGCCUGCAGGUGUUCCAGCGCCGCUCUGCUGUGUUCACACACCGAGGCUCCAUCCUUCUGCUACGUUUCCGCCUCCCGUCCAGACUGAAACAGCGAAUCCGAACACCUGAAACGUUGAAGUGUGAAAACGCUGCCGACCCCGUUUUGGUUUUAAACUCCGGGGCGCCGUGUUCGUGCCGACAGGUGGAAACGAUGACGCUCACGUUCGGCUCUCUGAUUGGCUCUUAUCAGUCAUGCAAAGCAGAAACACGAUGCUGCUGACAGAGUUUUAGUUUUGGUGUUUUUAUUAAAGUAUUCUGUACUGUGUAAAUAUCACUUCUACACUUGUGCACGUCUCCGUAUUUACUUUGCGACGACUCGCAGCCUGUUUCCCGCCGCCACAGUUCCACCUCGCCGUCGCUCCGUGCAGAGAAAUCUCAGCUGUGCUUCUUCACCAUCGCUGCUCUGCGUUUGUCUCCAGUAGAACUUUCUUCUCCAGCUGAAUCUUCUGCAGCUGCAGAGUAGACAAUCCGCUUCCUGUUUACACCGGCACGCACAUGCUCCGUGUACGUGAACGGUCUACUGGUGUGGAUGUAGCCUGAGGUUGGCAAAGCACACGGAAUUCUCUGAGAGUAGAAAACAUUCAGGAAGCAGCGUCCCACUUUUAGCCCACCCGCGGUCUGAAACCAAAAGUCAAAGUUCAUCUUCUUAAGUUCUUAAACCGCUUAGCAGUAGCCCCAAACCUCCCUUUCCUGAGCCACAUUAACCAGCUCUGACUGGGGGAUCUCGAAGCGUUCCCAGGCCAGUGUGGAGAUAUAAUCUCUCCACCUAGUCCUGGGUCUUCCCCGAGGCCGCCUCCCGGCUGGGCACGCCUGAAACACCUCCCUGGGGAGGCGCCCAGGGGGCCCCAGAUGCCUGAACCACCUCAACUGGCUCCUUUCGACACAAAGGAGGAGCAGCUCUACUCAGAGCUCCUCACACUUCCCACCCUAUCUCUAAAGGAGAAACCCAUUUCGGCCACCUGUACCCUCGAUCUAGUUCUUUCGGUCAUGAGCCAGCCUUCAUGACCGUAGGUGAGGUUGAGGAACUGAGCGGUAGAUCGAGAGCUUUCCUUCCAGCUAGGCUCUCUUUUCAUGACAGCGGCGCAGUAGAGCGAACGCAGUACCCAUCUGCUAACAUGGAGGAGUUUAUGACCGGUACCAGCCACAAGGGGGCGAGCCAGAUGUUGAGGCUUGACUUUUAUGGGAGCGGUCAUGUUGUCCAUCUUUAUUUACAGCCUGCGGUCCGGAUCAAUCACCUGGUGAGAAAUAAAGUGUCCGAUUUAGUAUCUGCAUCUGUCAGAGACAUUUAACGAUCAGCAGAUAAUAAUCAAUAAUAAAGGCCUUGAUCCCUACACAUCAUGUUAUCUGUUAAGACGCUUUGAGUGUGAUGCCUCACACACACACAGAGUCGUGACCCCCUCACCCGUCCAUCACAUCAUCUGUCUGCAGUCACACUACAACUCCCACACACCCUUGCUAGCCCCGCCCCUCACAGCGCUCUCUUUAAGGGCAUCUGGAUCUUUGUCUUCUAUGCAUUUUCUAAGACUGUCUGCUAUCGGAUUGGUUCUCUGAUCGGUUCUGAUCAGCAGCUGAUCGGAGGAUCGUCCGGGCGUGGACUCUGCUUCUAAUUAUGGGUCUGAAUAUUCAGGUUCUGGUCCACACACGACCAGGAAGCACCAAUGUCUGAACAGGACUCAACAGUGUCAUUAUCAGAUCUGCUCCCAGACAGCAGGAGAGACAUAAUGUAGGAACCACGUGACUGGACUGUCUGUUGGUUUAAUAAAGUCACAGCUUGAUUGGUCUGUCGGUA